UGUGUGGCCGGGUACGGACAGUCCGGUGGGAACGAGAUCCUGCAGCUGAUCCCACCGCCGGCGCUGCAGGCGAAGGAGGCACAGGGCCUGUGUCCAGAGAGAGACUUCAAGGUGGAGUGUGGUGGAUUUUCAAAGCGCCCGGUGUACAGCCUGAAACCUGUGCCAGACACCAGCUUGCUGGUGACAAGUGGCCCCCCCGACAGCUCCCUCCAGGUCUGGCAGGUGUCAGCAGAGGACUCUGAUGUUAUUAAAUCUGUGAGCACCAUAGCCACAGAAAAUGCCACGGGGCAGCCCUGGGCGAAAAUUGCCACCAUUUCAGCCAGAGCCCCCUGGGUCCUUCAUGGCUCAACGCUGGACAGCAUCCAAAUCACAGAGCUGGAGCUGAGGAAAAAUGUCUACACAGCAGGUAUUCGAAGCAAGCCUAAUGUCUGAUCGUUUGGAGCUGGGAGGGUUGGGCAAAGCAAGCUUGAGUAGCAAACGUUCCACCGAGCAGGUGCCUUCAGGUGUGUGCCAGAGGGUUCCAUGGGCAGGGGCACCUUCCAUUAGAACAGGUUGCUCC